ACCCGUAGUUGGGAACCGGGGAACCUGGUCCCGGGCCGCGGAGGGAGGCGUCCCGGCUUGGGAGGCGCGGGUGGGCCUCGCGGCGCGCGGGGCUCGGAGCGGCCCCGCGUGGGGGACACGAGCUGGAGCCGGACCCGCCCCGCCGUCCCCCCGGGGAAGGGGCGGCGACGCGCGGAGCGACUGAGCCACGGUCAUGGCAGACUACUGGAAGUCGCAGCCAAAGAAGUUCUGUGAUUACUGCAAGUGUUGGAUAGCGGACAAUAGGCCUAGCGUUGAAUUUCACGAAAGAGGAAAAAAUCAUAAGGAAAAUGUGGCAAAGAGGAUUAGUGAGAUUAAACAGAAAAGUCUGGAUAAGGCAAAGGAAGAAGAAAAGGCAUCAAAGGAGUUUGCCGCAAUGGAGGCAGCUGCCCUGAAAGCAUACCAAGAGGAUUUGAAAAGGCUUGGCUUGGAGUCAGAAAUUUCAGAACCAAGCAUAUCACCAGUAACAAGCACUGUCCCACCCACCUCUGCAUCAAAUCAGCCGAAGGAAAAGAAGAAAAAGAAAAAAGACCCUUCAAAGGGCAGAUGGGUAGAAGGCAUAACCUCCGAGGGUUACCACUACUAUUAUGAUCUUAUCACAGGAGCAUCCCAGUGGGAGAGACCUGAAGGAUUUCAAGGAAACUUAAAAAAGACAGCAGCAAAGACUGUUUGGGUAGAAGGUGUAAGCGAAGAUGGUUAUACCUACUAUUAUAAUACAGAAACAGGAGAAUCCAGAUGGGAAAAACCUGAUGAUUUCAUUCCACACUCUGGCGAUCUGCUUUCUAGUAAGGUCAAUGAAAAGUCAGUUGGUACCCUAGAAGAGUCUAAAUCAUCAGGUUCUCAUAGUGAUUCUGAUGGGGAAGAGGAAGCAGAAAAAGGAGAGGCCUCUACAGAAACACAAAAGCCAAAAAUAAAGUUUAAGGAAAAAAGUAAAAAUAAAGAAACUGAACCAGAAACACAGAAAGAAAAAAAUAUCCAAGAGCAAAAUUCAUCGGGUCCAAAUGAAGAAAAAUCCAAAGCUCACAAAAAAUCAAACCCAUAUGGAGAGUGGCAAGAAAUUAAACAACAAGUUGAGUCUCAUCACAGAGAGAGAAAGAGAGAGAGGCAGAGACACAGGCAGAGGGAGAAGCAGGCUCCAUGCACCGGGAGCCCGACGUGGGAUUCGAUCCCGGGUCUCCAGGAUCGCGCCCUGGGCCAAAGGCAGGCGCCAAACCGCUGCGCCACCCAGGGAUCCCCUAUUAUUUCUUUAAAUAAAUUUUUUGCCUCUUUCUCUCUCCUCUCCUUCUGAGGUCCCUAUAAUGUG